GUGAGCUCUGACUCAGGUGAGCUCAGAUCAGGCUGACAGUCCAGCAGCAGGUUAUUGAUCAGACUCAGUCAGCUGAUCAGUGGAUUAUUGGAAGCUUUGUUCAGAGUGUCAGCGGGUUAUUGAUCAGUGACGUCGAUCAGCUGAUCUGUAUGACAUCAUCAGUGUCACAUCUCAUCAUGAACAAAUAAACGAUCAGAGCUGCACUAAUGAAUCAAUCAUUGAUUAUUGAUUUUCUGUGAAGACCGUGUGAACACAGCACGUGUACACACACUAAUAAAGGUGUGUCUGCCACCUGUCAGCUGGUCUACAAGCUCCGCCCCUGCCCCUCCCCCACCUGCCCAUAACGAGUCAUUAAUUAGAGGCUUAGCGUGUCGGGUAAAUCCUGCAGAGAUCCUCAGUAAUCCGUCACUCAGAGUCAGACGAGUCAGUCUGUGCAGCCCGGCCUCACCUGUGGACCUCACCUGUGGACCUCACCUGUGGACCUCACCUGUGGACCUCCGGACAGCUGACUGUCCACUGUGAAGGAUGAACGGAUAUGAAAGUCCCGCCUCCGGCGUCUUCGCCUCCUACAGCUCACAGAUCAACGGCCAUGACUCUUCGGACCCUCCCAAAGCCAAGUCCAGUGCCAAAGCUCUGUACGAACAGCGGAAACACUUCACCAAAACCAGCAUCGACAGUCUGACGGACACGUCGCAGUACCAUGUGGAGCACCUGACCUCGUUCGUGUUGGACCGUAAAGACGGGAUGAUCACGGUGGACGACGGGAUCCGACGUCUCCGCCUGCUGGACGCUAAAGGGAAGGUGUGGACUCAGGAGAUGCUGCUGCAGGUGGAGAACAAGAGCGUGAGCCUGAUCGACCAGGAGACCAAGAACGAGCUGGAGAACUUCCCCAUCGGGUCGAUCCAGCACUGCCAGGCCGUGAUGAACGCCUGCAGCUACGACUCCAUCCUGGCUCUGGUGUGUAAGGACUCGGGUCAGAACAAACCGGACCUCCACCUGUUCCAGUGUGACGACAUCAAGGCGAGUCUGAUCCACGCAGACGUAGAAAGUGCCAUGAUCGAUGCCAAAGGCGGGAAAGUGAAGAAGAGACCGGAGGCGCUCAAAAUGAUCCUGAAGAGUGAUGGGAUCAUCCCGCCUCCCCCUGCAGCUCCCGCCCCCGAACCACCGGAAUCAUCCAAUCAGGUGGACGUGAAGAGUCGAGCGGCCGCCUGGUCAGCGUGGACCAAUGAACAGCAAGAGUAUGAGAAGCUGCUGUCGGAGGAGGACGGGCCGGUGGAGAUGACGGCGGCUCGAGUGGACCGGGACGUGCAAAUCCUGAACCGCAUCCUGGACGACAUCGAGUUCUUCGUCACCAAACUGCAGAAGGCUGCCGAGGCGUUUAACGAGCUCUCCAAGAGGAAGAAGAUCAAGAAGGGCAAGAAGAAAGGUCCAGGAGAGGGCGUCCUCACUCUGCGCUCCAAACCUCCAGGUGAAGAAGAAUUCGUGGACUGUCUGCAGAAGUUCAAACACGCCUUUAACCAGCUGGGCAAACUGAAGGAUCACAUCCAGAACCCGAGCGCCGAGGACCUGCUGCACUUCCUGUUCAACCCGCUCAGGAUGGUGAUCCAGGCGUCUGGCAGUGUUGACCUUGCUCGUAGUGUUGUCGUUCCUCUGCUGACUCGAGAGGCGAUCGACUUCCUGCACGGCUCGGGGACGCCGGAGGAGAGACACGUGUGGGUGACUCUGGGAGACGGCUGGACCAAGUGCAGGUUGGAGUGGCCGAAGGAUCAUUACUUCCCUCCGUGUCCGCUGAGGUUCCGUGACGGUUGGGAGCCUCCGGCGCUGAGAGAACAGGAAGUGACUCAUCUUGCCGAGAGUCUCGCCGACGGCGAGCUGCAGAGACAGGAAGAGCUGAGGAGCAGGCUGAUGCAGGAGCCGGCGGCGGCGGUGCAGCAGCUUCCUCCUGCAGACGGGUACGCCUUCGCCAACUCCUACAAACGCAUGCAGAUCCUGGAUCAGGACGCGGCCAUGGCCGCAUUCAAACAGGCUGUCAGCUGCCGCUUAGACCGGAGCCUGGACGUGGACAGCAGGGGCCAAUCAAAACUGUUUGCCAAAUCUAAAUACGACUUUGUGGCGAGAAACAACACGGAGCUGUCUGUGCUCAAAGACGAGGUCGUCGAGGUUCUGGACGACAGGAAGCAGUGGUGGAAGGUCCGUAACGGCUGCGGGGCGUGCGGCUACGUGCCAAACAACAUCCUGGAGGUGACCAAAGCGGUGGACAUCACGGGCAGAGGAGAGCCAAUCUACAGCCACACCAUACAGCAAUUACUGAGCGAGUUAAACGAGAAACAGACUAAACCAGCAGCGACACCGAUGCCUGCGGCUCCGACGCCGCCCCCUCCGGCCCCCGCCAGGCUCCCCACGCCCCCGCUGCCUCCUCCAGCCGCCGAGCCCGCCGAGCCGCCCGCCGGCAGCAGCCAGGUGAGCCGGCAGGUGAGCCGGCAGAACAGCACGACGUCCAGCGACAACGGCGGCGUCGCCAUGAGAGACCACGGCAACCAGAGAACGGCACCUGGAAACCGCAGGAAGUCCAACAUGGAGGAAGUCCAGGACGAGCUGAUGCACAGACUGACUUUGGGUCGCAGCGCUCAGAAGAAGAUCCAGGUUCCCGCUCGAGGCGGCGGCGGCGGCGGCGGCGUGGCGCCCGUCAGCAUCACGUACGACUCGACACCGGACGACGUCAGAGCGUGGCUGGAGGCCAAAGGCUUCAGUCCAGUGACCAUCACCAGUCUCGGCGUCCUGACCGGCGCUCAGCUGUUUUCUCUGAACAAAGACGAGCUGAAGACAGUUUGUCCCGACGACGGAGCUCGAGUCUUCAGCCAGGUCACCGUCCAGAAGGCGGCGCUGGAGAAGAGUUCAGGUGCGGAGCUUCAGGAGAUCAUGAGGAGGCGGCAGGAGAAGCUGGCAGCCAGUACCUGUGACUCAGGGGUGGAGUCUUUUGACGAAGGCAGCACCCAUUAAGCUCCUCCACUCCUCCUCCUCCACUCCUCCUCCACUCCUCCCUCCCUCCCUCCACUCCUCCUCCACUCCUCCCUCCCUCCUCCCUCUCUCCCUCCUCCCUCCUCCCUCCUUUACUGUCAUUGGAUCUCCUCACGUUGCAGCCUGCUGUUUUCAUCCUCAGGCGGCGGCGGACCACGCCAAGUUUGUGGAGAUCAUGCGUCGCAGACAGGAACUCCUCAGCUCGUCUCCUCCGUAGAACCGGUCCGACAUGUCGGAGAGGUUCUGCCAUGAAGUUCACCUGAACUGUCUGUCUGUGGUUCUGUCUGUGGUUCUGUCUGUGGUUCUGUCCGCCUGUCCAAAGUAAACCUCUCAGUAUUGAUGUCAGACGGACGGGCCGGCUCCAGUUUGAGUCUCAGACGUCGUCACAGAGUCACAGAGAUCGUUUCAAAGUUUCUCUGAAGUUUGAAUAAUUAAUUAACAUUAAUUAAACCAACGGACCUCGACUGUGAACGUCAGACGAGCAGCAGGUGGCGCCAAAUCUCCAAAUCUGAGUUUGUUUUGGCUCCAACAUGAAAAUUAUAAAUAAAGAUUUAAUUUAGUUUGUGUUGAACUCUGUGACUCAACGUGACGACAAACGUUGAUUCUGUAAUUAAAAUAUACAUCAAGAAUUAAUAUUCAUAGUUUAAUCUUUGUUUAAAUAACGUUAUAUAAACGUUCAGAGAACUGAUCGACUGGAAAUCUUUCAUUCAUGAUUCAGACAAAAACGUUUAAUAAUUAAAUUAAAUUAAAUUUGAUGAAAUGCUUUCUGUUUUUAAGGUGGAAUGAUGAAUUAACAAGUCAAAUGAAUGUAUCCACCUUAAACACCAUGAAUGUCUUCAGGCUCCGUCCACUGCGACAGGUAGCCUCACGUCCACGCCGUUAAAGAGACUAAAACCUGGACGUAGUCUCCGUGACGUCCCCGCAGACUGUCUAAAACCUGGACGUAGUCUCUGAGACGUCCCCGCAGACUGUCUAAACUGACUUGAGGUCAGUUAAUGACUUGACUGAUCUUUAGUUUUUUAUUAAAUUCCUGAUUUCACUUUUUUAAUUUCAUGAAGCUUCGUUAGCUCAAACUGUCGCUCUGCUAACAAACAUCAUCAACACUUCAGGAAGUUCACAAACUGUUUUUCUGUUUACCGUAAAUUCUCUAAAUGAGGUCUGUCAUUUUAUUUUAAUUUUAAAAUCAGAAAAAAUCAUUUUCAUCAUUUCAACAUGAACACGAGUUUUUACGUGUUCGUCCUCGUCCUGUUUGAGACUUUACGGUAAACUGAACGUCGUCUGUAAAUGUCGUGUUCAGGAGAACGUUGACAAAACGUUAAACAAACAUCAGUCAGCAAAAAAUGAUGUGUACACCGACACACACACACGACUGUUUUCUCAUCAGUUUAUUGACUGGCUGAACGUUAAAUCUGUUUGUAUAUGUUCGCAUAUAAGACGUAUAAAGAUCAAUACUCACUGUG